AUGCGCAUUGCCCAGAAUAGGCAAAAGUGUUAUGUAGACCGUCGUACUUGUGCAUUAGAGUUGCAGGUGGGAGAUCAUGUUUUACUCAAGGUGUCUCAUAUGAAAGGGGUAAUGCGCUUUGGGAAGAAAGGGAAGUCGUCACCACAUUUUGUCGAUCAUUUUAUGAUUACGGAUCGAAUUGGAACGAUGGCUUAUUGCUUCGCACUUCCGGAUCAUUUAGAUCGUGUUUACAAUGUGUUCCAUGUUUCCAUGUUGAGGAAAUUUCUUUGCGAUAAAAUUCGUUAUCAGCAUAUUGAUGUUGGUGAAAUUGAGUUGCAACCGGAUGCAACCUAUGUGGAACAACCGUGUCGUAUUAUUGACUGUAGGGAUCAAAUUAUUUGUAAUAAGGUCAUUCCUUUGAUACGUGUCCAAUGGACUUAUCACAAUGAGGCUAAAUCUACUUGGGAACAGGAAGACGUCAUUCGCUCAACCUUUCCAGACAUAAUGGAUGAAGGUAAAGGCGAAUUCCGAGAAGGGAAUUCCUUUCGUUAG